CACUAACCAGGUACGAACAAAUUCGUUGUUUUUUUCGUGGUUUUUCGCGCGCCACGGCCGAAAAAGCCGAGGCGUCGUGAAUUUCACUUGUUUCUGACUCUGGACGUGUUCUUCGAGUUCGCUAACAACGCUUAUAAUAACUACUGUAAAUAGAGAGUGUAUAUAGUGUGAUAGGUGAGUGAUAUAGGUGUGUGGGGUUUUAGUUGGCAAUGAGUUCAAGCAACAAAUCGGUGUCCUCCGGUGCGAGAGGCACCAAUAAGAAUAAAUCACAACAACAUGGGAAGUCAGAUCAUCAAACUAAAUCAUCGGAUUCGUCAAAACAUGAGAAAGCACAGCCAAACACUGUUCAGAUGCGGCAUGCACAAAUUAUCGACACUAGAAUGGGCAGUGGAGAAGAUCCUGUUUUGAAAGAACGUAUCAAGCAGGUCAUGGACAUGACUAGACGGUCAGAAGAUGAAGUGGUUAUGGCUUUACACGACAGUGAUGGGGAUUUGGAUCGUGCUGUUAAUGAUCUUUUGGAAGGAGUAAAAACAGAAUGGGAAGUAAAAAAAAAGAAGCCUCGUCAACCGAGCGGUUCUAAACAAAACAUGGAUACUUCUGGUGGUCAGGAUGAGAGCGGUGAUUGGGAUGAAAGACGUAAUCAACGAGGAGGUGGUCCGCCGCGUAUGCGAGGCCGUGCUAAUCAUGAUAAUCGUGGAUGGCGUGGUCGAGAAAACAAAGAAAAUGAAAGAAACAUGGAAGAUGGGGUUCGCGAUGGCAGCUACGGUGGCAACAGGAGAGGGAGAGGUGGUCCAGGAAGACCUGGACGAGGAGGACGAGGAGGAAGCAGAGGACUUGGACCACGGACGUUUGCUAAUCGUAAUGAUCCAUCAUCUACUUCGUCUGCUCAUAGUUUUAAUCGACCAAUUGAUACAUGGACAGGUAACGAAGAACAACAACAAGGUGUUCAAGAACCAAAGAUGGAUGCAUGGAAUAAUUUGGAUUCUACAGAAGACUGGGAUAACGAGGAGUAUACAGGUUCAUUGGCCGAUACGAAAGUUUUUACACCAAGUACAUCGGUAGCGGAACCUCCACCUCCCAUAGAAGAGCCGAAAACCCAGGAUCUACAAACAGUGCAAUCAAAUCAAAAUGUAAAUUUAUCAUUAUUACAACAAGAAGAAUUGCCAAAAUUGUCGGAAAUACCACCAAUACAACAACAAACUUUAAUUCAACAAACACAGCAGCAACAGUCUGUGUUAAGCUUACCAACGAUGCAACUGUCACAGCAACCAAACGCUAUAAGCGGUGGAGUGUUAACAGCCGCACAGACUCAGUAUUUAACACAACUUACUCAACAAACAAGUGAAAGCUUAAAAGCUGCUGGUCAAACAACAUUUUCUUCAUCAAUUACCAAUCAGCCUCAAAGACCGACAAAACAACGCCCACGAGUACCACCGCCAUCAAAAAUCCCAUCCACUGCUGUAGAAAUGCCAGGAGAUGCAGUUAAUAGCGGUAUUGGAUUUCUCGAUGUCCAAUUUGGUGCACUUGAGUUUGGUAGCGAUUCGAGCUCUCUUGAUGGUUCAGCAAAUGAAAAAUACAAUUCAGCAAGUAGUACAAUUCCUGGUGUGGACGUAACUUCUACUACAAAUGCUGUAAACACUGCCAAUACGAAUAAUUCUCUGGACAUUGAAACCACACAAUCAUCGACAACAUCUUUCAAUACCACUUCUCAAAUGUUAUCAAACAGCGAGAACCUACCUGUAUCAAGUGAACAUUCGAUAAACGCUCAAACUUUUACUGGUCGCGGUAAUAGUACCGGACAAAGUUUAGACAUAACUAAACAAGAUUUCACCUCGCAAGUCUCGCCAGGAAACGCAGCAACCUAUGGUACAACAACAACUUAUCAAUCCCAGAAAUCAUCGUUUCAAGCACCUACCGCGACGCCAAGCACUUACAAUGCAUACUCCACAAAUGCUCAGUCUGCUCAGUCAUCGUUUCAAACUGCAUCGGGCACCAGCGCCAAUAGUUACUCUGCAACGGCGACUGUUACACAAGCAAGUUACAACAGUUCGACGUCGUUUCCUCAAUCCAAUACGUCGAACUUUAGCCAAGCUUCCCCGUCUGCGUCUGCAACUUCUGGUUAUAAUCAACCAACAACUACGAAUCAAGUAUAUCAAUCUGCUACUGGAUACGUACCUGCUACAACAUCACAGUAUCAAGCUCAAUCUGUAGCUACGAAUACUGUAUCGAAUAGCAGCACAGGAUAUCAAACAAGUGGCUAUCAGGGAUCGUCAUCGUUUCAAUCGACGCCUCAAGCUUACCAACAAUCCGGCACAACGUUUACUUCACCUAUUACACAAACUUCUGCAGCGUACCAAAGUGCAGCACAAUCCGUGUAUGGAACGUAUGGUACGUAUGCCAGUCAACCACAGACAGCGUCUCACAAUCAUAAAUUGAACAAUGCUACGACAAAAGAUUCUCAGUACGACAGUAAUACGACAACGUCGAAUAGCUCCCUCGCGACGACUACUGCUCCUACAUUAGGUCUUAGUUCUACCUCCGUAAAUAGUUCACAAACUAAAGUAACUAAUUCUAACGCGGUACCUAAAAGUACAUCGAGUGGUGUGGUAACGGGUAGUAGUGGAACUGGAAAUAUGACGGGUGGUGGUGCAGCGGGCAGCAUGACACCGAUGUUAAGUCAUCAGUACAUUAUGGGUCAAGGUGUACCUUACGCAUUUCAACAACCAAUGUACAGUUACGAAGAAUUGCAGCUUAUGCAACAAAGAAUACCGCACAUGCCAACUACUGGUUACUAUGACGCGGCUUUGGGCUAUCAGACAACCGGCCCUGCUACCAGUCUUGGUGGAGGACGAGGAGAUGCACUUUCCGGUGUGCAAGGUGUUCAAGGAGUACAAGGUGUACAAGGAGCCUAUACCAGUAUUAGUGACGCCAGGUUCGCCAGAAACGACAGCAAUGCAUCACCGGUUCCAUCUACGAUGUCCCAACAGACUGCUACCCAGCAUCAGCAACCAAUGAUGAAUCCUACGCUUCCUCCAACGUAUGCAUAUUUUGCAUAUGGCGGUGGAAUAAUGCCAGGUGGCUUUCAGUAUGGAACCCCUGCCAUUUAUCCUCAGAUAGCUACUGCUGGUAAUGCGGGUACAAACAGUGGUGCAUAUAGUGCUAAGCCAGGGGGUUAUGGAUCUGGAUACGGUGCUAAUGCAAGCUACGAUGCUUUAGCAUCUGCUGGUCCCUCAGCUGAAUACAAAGGUGCAGGGAACAAUUAUACCAGUACUCAAACUGGUAAAACAGGAACAUCUACUGGAAAUACUAAUACUGGUGGAUCGUCUGCGACCGAUAUAAGUGCCACUAUGUAUGCAAAGAGUCAUGUAGCGCUUAGUAAAGUUAACUCUUAUGACAAACAGACUUUUCAUUCGGCAACCCCUCCACCAUUUGGUCUUACUGGUAGUCAAAACGCCGGUUUACCUGGUGGAUACGGCACACCGCAUUUGUUUAUCCCGACUAUGCCCCAUCAACUGCAUCAGCCACUUCAUCAAGAUGGUGGAAGUAGUACAGGUCAAAGGUCUAAUACAAGUUCCCAAAAUAAAGCCCAAGCAAAACCUGGAUAUAGUCCUAGUUAUUGGACUGGAAACAAUUAAAAACUCUGGAUUAGAGAAAGAAAAGAAAAGAAGCACCAUUUUAGACAAACUACAACUUCGCCAUUGUGAUACACGGUGGUGUGAGAUAUGGACAUAGACAUAAAUGACAUAAGGAACACGAGACAAUUUUUUUUCCUCUUUUUUUUUUUUUGUGAAACUAAAUGAUCCUAGUAUGACACGAGUCAAUGUAAAAUGUAUGAUGAAUUUUUAAACGUGGAAGGAUUAAGCAAUUUUUACUGGUUUUGUGUUUAAACGGGGUAAAAAUAUUUCUUUUCGCAUAAAUCUUAAUGACGCGGUUAGUCAGAGAAGCAUUAUACUCUUUUUACUUAGUGGUAUUGAUUUUUUUUAUUCUCAUAAUAUUUCAAAAUAUGUUGUUGGAUUAUAAAAAGAUCCUUUAACACGUUAUCUUAUUUACAAUUCUUUAAAUUCAUUAGAAAGUUUUUUGGUGUGUAUAAUGCGGUAUGUAUGUUUAUGUAUAAAUAUAUUUUUCUUAACGCGAAAGAACAGUCAAAUGCAGCGCAACAAGAGUAAAAAAAUAAUAAUAAAAAAAAAAAUUGCAUAGUUCUUCCAAAUGUGAGGCGCACUCGUGCCAAAUGAAUUUAUAGAAUUUGUAACGUAUAAAAUCGUGAAACGUAUAAUUAAUACGUAUCUGUCAAGAUGAUGAAGAUGAACAAAAUUUAUUGUGGUACGUUGAAACGCUACCAAAAUCAAGGUUUUGUGAGUAGCAUCAUUCUCGUGUGAAAUACUGGAAAGAUGAUCUAGAAAAGUAAUUGACUGUUAAAUUUACUCCCGAUCUCCUAUCUGUAUACUACUGUGCAAUUGCGAAUAUACUGCAUCGACUGUAAAGGGUGAUAGUUUUUUUGUAUGAUGUAGGCAUCUCAGCUCACUAACAUCUAAAGUGCUUCUUUACAUGAAAAUAAAGCACCCCAUUCGUGAUGAAACGUAAAACUAUAAUACUACUGUAAAUUACAAUUAUUGUAUGUAUUUAACCAUGAAACAUCAGAUAUAUAAAGUUAUAAUCGUCAUAAUGUUGUCACUUUUGGUAUUUAAAAAAAAAAAAACGAAUGUAUAAUCGCACUAGUUUUGCAUUCUUGCGCGCACCCACAUAUACAUAUAUAUUUGAUUUGGUCACUUUGCAUUUCUUCUUCUAGUUACCAGAAUUUAUCAACAAUUAUAUUUUAUUAACAAAAAAAAGCUAUUAAACCAAAAAAUGAAAGCUAUCGUCAUAUACCAUAUUUUCAAAGAAUGUUGGAUUCAAAAUGAGAACGGUACUUAUUUAAUAUAUCUUAUGUUUAUGAGAACAGCGUUGCAGAUUAAACCAGUGCCACAAAUACUAAGAAAAAUCAAGCAGAAUUGAAUAAUAAUUUUCUUGUGGUGCCUUGAAUAAAAUUCAAAUAAUAGAGUUCAAA